AGGCAGGACUCGGUUCCACGCUCACCCCACCUCCACGCAGGGUUUCUGGCAGGCGAGAGCCAGGGGUGGCGCAGGCCUCAGUUUCCCCAACACGGGGCGAACUCGCCCCACCCCACCGCCCCGGGGUGGCCCCCCAGCCGGCUCAGGCAGCGGAGACCCGCCCCCGCACUCUCCGGCUUCCGGCGACCGACAGUGUCCUCCGGGCCCCACCGGAAGCUCUCGCUGGGCCGCGGGGAGGCAGUGGCUGCGGCGGAGGCGAGGUGGGGUAACUGAGACCCGCUAUGAGGAAGUGACUUUACCUGAGACACUGGACGGGCCAGAGCCAGCGUGCUUGGUACUUGCCUUUUUGGAUCUGACACUCAGACCUGGGGAUUUCCACCAGGACAGUGAGCACUCCCACCCAGAAUUCCAGGCUGUUCAGAGGCCCCAGGGAACAAAGACAAGUCACCAGCCGUGGCUCUCUGUGCUGAGGUUCCUUGGGGCAGGAGGAGGUUGGAGGAAGCCAGCGGCAGCCUGAGGUUCUGCAACAGGGGAACUCUGACUGUGGUUCCUGAAAGUCCGUGACAUGGUUGUUUUUUCUCUCUGACUCGCUCUCUUGCUCUCUGUCACUCUGAAGAAUGACUGGACACUCCUAGAACCUUCAGUCAGCAUCCAGGGGAUUUUCUUUUUUCACCACAAAGGGUAAUUCCUGCUCCAUCCCUGCUGUGACUCAGCUGUGACGUCGCGCCACCCAAGUCAGUGAGAAGAUAAAGUCAUCAGACCCCUGCUCGCCAGAGCGGGUGGCCCACACCAGAACUCACCUCUGCUCUCAGCACAGACUCCACGAGGCCGGUCCCCUCCCCAGAGGAGCUUAGCCGGCCCCCCUGGCCAGGCUGGAAACUCAGGAUGGCCUCUGGCUCAGGCAGUGGCCCCCGCCCAGCCCCUGAUGAGAACGAAUUUCCCUUUGGGUGCCCACCCACUGCCUGCCAGGACCCACCAGAGCCCAGAGCCCUCUGCUGCACUGCCUGUCUCUCUGAGAACUUGAGGAACGGUGAGGAUCGGACCUGUCCCAAAUGCAGAGGAGACGACCCCCAGUCUGUAAGCCCAGGAAGCCUUGUCUCUCAGGAGAAGGAUUACCCUGAGGUGGCUGCAGAUGGAGUCGGGUGCCCCUUUUCAGGUGUUGGCUGCUCCUUCAAGGGGAGCGCAAAGUUCAUGCAGGAGCAUGAGGUCACCUCUCAGGCCACCCACCUAAACCUGCUGCUGGGGUUCAUGAAACGGUGGAAGGCCCAGCUGGGCGCAAGCCUGGGGUCAGGGCCCAUGGCCCUGGAGCAGAAUCUGUCAGACCUGCAGCUACAGGCAGCCGCAGAGGCAGCUGGGGACCUGGAGGUGGACUGCUACCGGGCCCCCUGCCCUGAGAGCCAGGAGGAGCUGGGCCUGCAGCACUCCAUGAAGGAGAAGGCCCUGGCCGACCUGGAGGGGAAGCUGCACGUGUUUGAGAACAUCGUUGCCGUCCUCAACAAGGAGGUGGAGGCCUCCCACCUGGCCCUGGCUGCCUCCAUCCACCAGAGCCAGCUGGACCGCGAGCACGUCCUGGCUUUGGAGCAGCGGGUGAUGGAGUUGCAGCAGACGCUGGCCCAGAAAGACCAGGCACUGGACAAGCUGGAGCAGAGCCUGCGGCUCAUGGAGGAGGCCUCCUUUGACGGCACCUUCCUAUGGAAGAUCACCAACGUCACCAGGCGGUGCCAUGAGUCGGCCUGUGGCAGGACCGUCAGCCUCUUCUCCCCAGCUUUCUAUACUGCCAAGUAUGGCUACAAGUUGUGCCUGAGACUCUACUUGAAUGGUGAUGGGACAGGAAAGAGGACUCACCUGUCGCUCUUCAUCGUGAUCAUGAAAGGGGAGUACGAUGCUCUGCUGCCGUGGCCUUUCCGGAACAAGGUCACCUUCAUGCUCCUGGACCAGAACAACCGUGAGCACGCCAUUGAUGCCUUCCGGCCCGACCUGACCUCCGUGUCCUUCCAGCGGCCCCAGAGUGAAACCAACGUGGCCAGCGGCUGCCCGCUCUUCUUCCCUCUCAGCAGGCUACAGUCACCCAAGCACGCCUAUGUGAAGGACGACACCAUGUUCCUCAAGUGCAUUGUGGAGACGAGUGCUUAGGGCGGACGGCGAAGAGCAGCCGUGCCUGCGUCCUGAGGGAGCGCCAGCCCAGACUGGAGGAGGUCCUGCCCCGGUGCCCCAGGUCCUGAGGCACCGUGAUAGUCUUAGGGUGGCAGGACCUGGAGCUGGGCCCACAGAGGCAGAGGGUCCAGAAAGAGGUGGUAGCAGAAUUGUCCCUUCUGCACUGGCCAUGCAACGCUGGAAGACUGGCAGCCAUUCCAGCCUGAAUGUUAAGGAAGACUCCGGCCAAGAUGGGGAGGGAACGGCGAUCAGGCCUGGGGCGUGGAUGGUGAUCUGGAGGUAAAGGGUCUGCAUGUGAGACAGCCUCUGUAGGGCCACCAUGGAGACCUGGAAGCGUUCUUGCCAUCUUCCUGCCCAGGGUCAGAACCAAGGGGUGGAAGGGACAGAAUUCAGUCUGUCCAGGCAUGUACUGAGUUCCCCAUCACUGGAGGUGAGCAAGCAAAGCCAGAGGGCUACACCGGAAUGGGGGAAGGCACGAAGUUGGGGGCUGGAUCUGAAGACCUUCAAGAUUCCUUCCAGCCCAGAAAGUGUCUGAUUCUAGGCCUCCUGGCCCAGGUGAGGCCUACAGCUGCUGGGGUUCUGGAAACAUUCAGGUGCCUCCUGUCCUCCAGGUUCCUCACUCACCUUCAGUGCCACCAGUUGAGCUGGGCCGGCCUGCACAACACCUGCCACGUAGGCCCCGUGUCCUUCGCCGGCCCCCGCGGAACUCCCCUUCACCUCCUCUGGGUGAAACAGGGUCAUGAACUUCCAGGAGCCUCCAGAAGGAGUGGGAAGAAGGAGAGAGGCAUAAACUCUCCACUCCCUGCCUGGGGGGCCACCUUCCACGCUCUCCUGAAUCCCGUGACCUGACGAACCAUGGCAUUCACUUUUCUCGUUGACUGAUCAGGGUCUCUGAGCCACUAGCAGAGGUUGUCCUUUUCAAUAUGUAUAAAACCAAGAGAGAAUUUAAAAAAAAAAACUCUUCUGAAGUUUUCAUGAUGGGCGUGGUCAUGGAAGGUGUCCAUGACUGAGCCACGAUUGCAGAGGCCAUUGCUGCGUCUCGCUCACGCUGCCGGUUUUGCAGGCAACUUCCAAGGUUGGCGUGCUAGAAGGACAGCCCGUGUGCCCCCCUCUUUCCCUCUCCAUAACGGGGAGAGCCAUGCGGCCUGCCUCCCUGGCUGGGUUCUGUGGGCCUCACAGGAGAUGCCAACAGGAGGGAGAAAGGCCAGGACACCACUGCCUGCCUGGCCCAGCCUCGCUGUGGUCCACGCUGGUCUUCUCCCCUUGGAGGCCUCGCACAACCAAGUCCUACAGAGACCCUCGCCAGGCUUUCCAGACCCCGGGGGCUCAUUCUGCCCCUCAGAGCUCUGGGGCAGGCUCUCCACCCCACCCCCAGCCUUCGCUGCAGCUUCCUCUUUACUUGCAAGGCUGCUAUAGUCACUCCUCACGCCCUCAGGGUUGGCUCUGUGAAACGGGUCAGCCGCUGGCCACACAGCUCAGCGGCUCCUAGAUCCAGCCCUCAUCCCAACCUGGUCUCCUGUCCUGCCUCAGCCUCCUCCUUUGGUGACGGGACACAUGGAGCCUGGCCCUGCCCAGCCCUCGAGGUUUCCUCAAGGCCCAAACCUGACAAUGGAGCUGCAGGUCUUAGUGGGCGACACUUUGCCACACGUGAAGGGCUGCAAACACGUCAGGGAUGCUUUCUCCUGUCCCCACCGCUGACAGCCCGUUAGUGAGGGGGACCAACUUGCUUCCUUGGUGGGUGUCAAUAACAAGGGAAGGGCUAGUCUCUCAAGUGAUGGGGACUUCUGCCUUCAGUCUGGUGUUCUGGAAAUAACACCUUCGUCCCUGCUCACUGAGCACCGAGCUGCCGAGGGCUUGUAGGGCAGGCUGCUUCCAGGGACGGCUCUGACUCGACACCUUUAACGGCUUAGCCCUGAUGGCAUGAGGCCCAGGCUGUCUUCAGGGAGGGAGGCAGCCAUUCUUUCAGUGAAGCUUUAUUGAGACCUCCUGUGCCAGACCCCAGGGAGGGGAAGGUAAGGUGGGUACUCUACCCUUAAGAGACUCUUAGUUCAUAGCAGGAAACCAGUGCAGAAGAUGAUCAUUGAAACUAGCACAUAAGAGAAGCUCAGAGAAAGCUCAGGGUUCCAGAUCUUUUGAGUGAAGCAGGGAGGGCUUCCUAGAAGAGGUGUUACUUAAACUCAGCCUUAAAAUAUUUUGAGAUGCAGAAGACAGUGGUGGGGGGAGAGUGAAGACUCAGGUGCAGAGCAGCCUUGGCUGCAGGUAGGGUCCGUGAGGUGGGACCUGCGUGUGCCCCUUCGGGCUGUGAACAGCAGGGAGAGAGUGAUUUAAAAUUUAAAUGUUCACUAAUUUAUCUUCCAGCAAAGUCUUAUGUUAAAUGCACAAACACCUCACAGCUCACCUCUUUAGGAGUAAAAAAUGGAAACAAUGCUGACAUAAAAUAUAUUUCUAAUACACAUAUUAUCUACCUUGUUGAGUUGCUGUAAGUACUAAAUAAGAUGUGUAAUACAAAUUCCAACUUCGCAGUCCUUAAGAAGUAGUAGAGUUUCUCCCACCACCUGAGUGAGGCUUCACGUCUUACUGCAUUGCCCACUUUCAGGUCAGUGUUCAGAGUCACCGUAACAGACACCCUUGCCGGCUUCCUGGUUUUCACUGGCGGGCUCCCAGGGUUUUACCCCAAGAGCCUGUGGACCAAGCAGCCAUGCCAUUAUAGCUGUUUCAUAAACACGACCUUGAAAUC